AUGGUGGGGGGUGACCGCCGGUCACCCCCACGUCACUCUCUGCGGGGCGGGGGAGGAAAGGAUUCGGUUGGUGGGAGAGGCUCGGAGGGUAAGGUCGGGAGAUCUGAAGGUUGUCGAGGAGUGUCUGGGAGCGGGCCGUCUAGGCCUGGAGCGGCGGAGGUGGAGGGGACUUCUGGUGAAAGGCGAACCCCUUUGAAAGGGCUCAAUGGGGCUCUUGGGUCGGGAACCUCCAAAAAGCAACUGGUGUAUGCGAGAUCACCCGUCAAGGCGGGUGGUGCGAAGGCUGAUAGUGGAGACUCUGCAGCGAGUGGUGCUGGUCUGACCGGGAGGUUGGGUUACGGGAGCGGAGCUGCUGGAAGAAAAUCGGAAGAAGCUCCGGCUUGCGCUGGAGGCGCUCAGUUGGAUUUUGUGGCUUCAUUUACUCGCUCAAAGGGCGCAGGGAAUGAAGCCGGUGUGGUAGAUGUUGGGGGCGUAAAUGUGGUUGUGGCCGACCCUCAUGAGGUAAGUCAUGGCCCGUCCGAGGCGGGAAUGGGCAUGGAGAUUAUGGGUAGUAUGGAGGUGGAGGAAUUUCUGGAAGAUGUUCACGGCAGCAGUCAGCCGGAAAAUCCUGUGGUGCUGAUGGUCCCCGUUGUUCAUAAGGAACUCAUGGAGGUUGAAGGGGAGGUUGCUGGCCGGAAAACUAUGGAGGCUAGGGGGGGGGGUGCGAAAGCUGAUAGUGGAGACACUGCAGCGAGCGGUGCCGGUCUGAACGGGAAGCUGGGUUUUGGGAACGGGGCUUCUGGAAGAAAGUCGGAAUGA